AUGGACGCGGCGGCGGCGGCGGCCGGCGGCCACCGCUGGACGGAGGAGGUGGACGACCUGGUGGACGCCGGGGACGUCGACGGCGCCAUCUCCCUCCUCGAGUCCGUCGUCUCCAGCCUCUCCACCGCCGCCUCCCCGCCUCGGGCGGGCGCCGAUCUCCGCCUCGCCACGGCGCUCGGCGACCUCGCCGGCCUCCACGCCUCCCGCGGCAACACGCUCCAGGCCGACGCCAUCCGCUCCCGCGCCAUCGUCCUCCGCCUCCGCGCCCAGAAAGAAGCCCCCCAGCCCCAGGCCCUAGGGGAUCAUGCGGCAACGGAGAAUUCUGCAUCGCCGGAGGCUGCUACGGGAUCCAAGGACUCGAAAGCCUCAGCUAGCGUCGACAAGAAGGACGAAGAUGAAGACGAUGAUUGGGAGGCUAUUGCGGACCGUGGCGACGAGACGCCGGUGCGCCCCCUCGUGCAAGAGGCGAGGGUGACAACACCUUGUAGUUCUUCAGAGAAAAGUAGCACUUCAUCUUCAGGGACCAAGAGGAGGGGAAGGGGUUCUUUUCUUUAUGAUAAGAGUGUUCUGUACAGCGACCAGUGCGCUUCAGAGAGGGAUCUGGAUGACAAGGGGUCUGAUCCAGCUCAUGGUCGAUCAAAGGGUCGUGCGGAUGAGAAAGAUAAUAAGGAUGCUGCAAAACGAUUUGGGACAAGGCAUGCCCUUGUUGUUUACGACUUCCCACCUAGUACACGCACAACAGAUUUGGAAAGGAUUUUUGAGAAGUUUGGAGACCAUGGAGUUGCCAUCCGCUGGGUCAAUGAUUCUGUUGCACUUGCAGUUUUCCGGACCCCAUCAUCUGCUAAGGAGGCACAAGCUUCCGUGCCUCCAAGAUACAAAGUACGGCCACUAAAGGAUAAUGACGAUCUUUUGGCAAAAAUCGAUGGUACAGACCUAGAACCGCCGACGCCGAGGCCGAAGACGUCGGCGAGAACGGCGCAGAGGCUGAUCGCCCACGGGAUGGGACUAAAGCAGUUCACGACCAUGGAUGCAGGCGAGCGGAAAGAGCAGGAGGAGGCAAGGAGGAGCCGGAUCACCGCCCGACAAGCUGCGCGCGACGAUGCCUGGGGUGAGGACUGA